AUUCGUGUUGUCUCGACUGAACAGGGCGUAAAGAGAAUACAAAGUCGAUAAACAUCUCUCAAAAGCAAUCUUUUUGUUAGCCCCUCCCCUCCCAUUCUCCCUUCAUUCGUUUCCUUCAUUCUAAAAACAUAAUCGUUACCCCAUGGCAUUCACAACUCCAACACCUUCCACGCAUAUGGGCGUCUACAGCACCGUCAGCAGCCGAAACAGUAUUAGUAGCAAUCAUGGACCCAGUCAUUUUAAUCGAAGUGCUCAAAGUUCACUCCAGCCCAGGUACAUUCCACAGCCACCAGAGUCAACAGCAGCAACAACACAGCCGACACAAGUCUCCACAAAGGCUCUCGCCAUCACAUCCUCCGCUACAGGCGGUACACCGCCACCACCACUCAUGGGUUCUGCUAUUGUGCUUGCUAACGACUCUGCGAUCCAUUGUUUCGGUGGUCGGCUCGAGAAUCGGGAACUGACAAACUGCCAUUAUGUCUUGGAUGUCGAAACGUGCCUUUGGGAGACCGUCCAUGCAGCACCCUUGCCAGAAAAUGAAUCUGAGGACGCAAAUAAAGAAACAUCUGCAGCAGCGACAGCAUCAACAUCAACAUCAACAACAUCUACAUCUGCAUCUGCAGCAGCAGCUUCAUCAACGUCUACACAGAGCACAAAAACAAAAGGCGAUGAAGCGAACAUAGGUGUCAAGAGACCAACUGGUCCAGAAGCGUAUUUAUCUCUAACUUUGACCACAGACCCUGCUGAUACAGAUUCAGGCCCUAUCUCCGGUGUUGCUUCCUUGCGUCCACGGCCUCGAUACUUUCACACAUUGAAUGCGUUUGGAACAUCGCUGGUUUUGUUCGGAGGUAUGGGUAAAAUUGUAGAUAGUGAGGCUGACGAAACCAAAGAGCAGAAUGGCAACGGCAAUCAAAGUGAAACCGCUGCAGAGGGUCAGGGCAGAUUAGCUGCUCUCAACGACCUUUGGGUGUUUGACAUCACCACGCAGCGGUGGCAUCAAAAAAUCCUGCCCAUCAACGCUCAUACGCCUAGGCCGCGCUGGGCUCACAUGGCAACCAUAUUAGAUCACUAUCUGGUCGUUAUUGGAGGCCAGACUACAAACAAGGAAUAUGUCGAGGAUGCCUGUGUACUGGACUUGCAUUCAUGGGAAUGGGUCGCUUCAAUCCACUCCAUCGGUCAAUGUGGCUCCUACAGAACAGUUGCUGCAACAGGACCUAGCAAACAAUCCACCAUCAUCUCUGAGCCCGCCGCACCUUCCUUCCCCUCUGCUUAUGCCUCAUCACCCCAGUCAUCUGCAAAGCUCGCCAGGCCACUUUCAGAGUCUGGACCGGUCGAUGCGAUGGCCAGCAUUUCCAUGGUCCUGAGCGGUCGCAUCUCUGCACCCAGUUCAGUAACAUCUUCGUCCAAAGAUGAUGAUACCAUCAACGAAGUACCCACGACCCAAACGACCAACAACACCAGCAACAAUAACAACAGCAAACGUAAAAACUCUGAACGAUUGAUGAGUGAUGAGUUGACACCAGCUUUCAAGACGGGAAAAGAUGGUCCUUCAAUCUACCUCUAUUCUAAUUACAAUUUCCAAAACUUGCAGAGGGACUUCAAGAUCAUCACGCCAUAUUAUUCACACCCACUUGUCGCAGGCGCAGAUUCUUCAGCCUCGGUACCAACACCACCACCAUCAUUUUCAUUGGUCGAAAAGAGCCAAGCAUUGGCAAUGAUGGGCCCAGAGCUGCCUCCAGGCCUUCGAUUCCCACAAGGACAUGUUUAUCAGAAUCAGCUCAUCUUGACAGGAACACUGAUUCAGCCGGGCAAGGCACCCGUUAUUGCCAUCUACGCUCUCAACUUGGCUUUGUAUAAAUGGGAACAGCUUGCCACCGACAGCUUACUGGAGACUGGGUCAUGGAAUCGUACAUUGUUGCACCCUGCCACAGGAACACUGUUGGUGUUUGGCAAGCAUUCGAGUGAUGCAGAGAAGGAUUAUGCAAGCCGGAUGCAGCACCAUGACCACCUCAUGCUGAUAAACCUUCAAGCCUAUGGUCUCUACGAUCGUCCUAUCCCUUCUCUUCCACAGAUUGCCCAGGAUCUUGGCCAAGACCUUCUUUUCAACCCAAGUCUAAGUGACAUGCACAUUGCGUCUGCUACCGGGACUCUCUUCAAUGCCAACUCUGGCAUCCUAUCAGCCCGCUGGCCAGAAUUUACCAACCUGUUGCUCUCGCCGCCCUAUGUGACGCCACUCAUCUUGAUCUUGCCAGUUCCAGAUGAAGUUGUGCCACUUUUCCUGCAAUAUCUCUACACAGGAGCCCUGCCCAUGACGACGAUCACAGCAGGAAUGGCCGAUUACUUGUUAAUUCUGGCACGCAAGUAUGAGCUCAACGGGCUCUAUGCACUCAUCAUGGACAUUCUCCAUCAAACAGUCCACCUGCAUCCAAUCCGAAUCUAUGGUUCUGCGCUGAUGGCAGGGGAGCUAGGCUUACAAGCUAGGGCAAGGUAUUUGCAGAGUCAGCAUCGACUCAAGGCUCAACAGUUGCAGCAGAUGCAGGAUGCUCCAUCGACACCUAACCCUACUUCUUCUACUACAGCGGCCAUGAUGGUUGAUGCAUUGGAUUACCAUUUCGGAGGAGGAGGAGGAGGAGUAGGAGUAGGACCAGCACCAGUCCGUUCACCGGCCCGUUCACCAGCCCUAACAGCAGUAGGAACAGUGCCAAUGCCAAUGCAGAUGCAGAUGCAGAAAAGAAAGAAAGAAAGAGGAAUGUAUGCAUAG